AUGCUGGAUCUUCUGGGACCAUUUCCUCUCCUCCUGGUGCUGCUGGGAUCAUGGGAGCCAGUGAGUCCACUGGAUGACUGGGCUCAAUCCUCCGUCACUGUUCAAACAUUUAUGCUUCGACAUUUAAGACCAGGUCCUGUCAAUUGCCAGACAGCAAUGCCUCGUGUCAAUCUUCAGGAUAGGCGAUGUAAGCCUGAAAACACCUUUCUGCAUGACACCUUGGAGAACGUGGCUGCUACCUGUGGUUUGCGCAACAUGACCUGCAGGAAUGGCCGGGAUAACUGCUACCGGAGUAGAUAUCGUAUUAAUAUGACUUACUGCAAUCGCACUCGAGCGACAUAUCCCAAUUGCAGCUACAGUACUACUCUCCAGAACCAGUUCUAUGUUGUUGCCUGUGAGUGUCGUCAGCCAGGCUUCCCUCCUAAUCGCCUGCUUCCUGUGCACUUAGAUGAAACCACUCCUCUUGUUCACUUACACUUCGGUUAA